CGAAAUCAUGAGCAAACUUGCAGGGCAUGACACCCCAGAGCGCAAUUGCCCAUAUUUUGAUUUUCACCUUCACAAUUGAUCUGAUGAAUAGAUAAUUCUAGAGCUUACAGAACCUCGCAUCUCAACGAUGAAUCAUUUGCGAUAUGAUAUGGAGAAGAAAACAAUCGUAGAAAUUCAAAUCCUGGUGGAUAGUUAAAUACAGGACUGUUUGAAAGAAUACUACCCCCCUGAGAGAACAGGAAACAUCAGAGACAUCAAAAGAAAUAGUGCUUUGUUUGGAACCUGUGAAUACAUACAAGUUUUUUUUCCUACAGGUGGUAGACUUUACAAUGACAGAUCUGAAUUCUAAAAGCAUUCAAGUCAGGUUUAAUGAUCUGUUCAGUGCCUUUGUUACCAUUCAAUCGAGCGUGACAUGAUAUUCAAUUCAUCUGCAGAAAGAAUACUUUCAAAGUACACGUGAACUCUGGUGAGACAAACCAGUGGACUUAUCAUCCAGAUCAUUGCCAUGUCUGUGGAAGAAAGAUGAUGACUAGAAAGGCGAUGAUGAUGAUGAUGUCAAGGUGAUACUUGCCUAGAACCUUUGACACGAGGACCUGAAGAGGAUGGCAUCCUCUGUGCCUUCCCGGUCGACGCCCGAGCGUUACGUUCAGGCCGCGGAGAUUGGAAGUGGAGCUUAUGGCAUUGUGUACAAGGCCAGGGACACGGAAACGGGCCACUUUGUGGCCUUGAAGAGCGUAAGGAUACCUAUUGGUGAGGAGGGCAUGCCGGUAUCCACCAUUAGAGAGAUAUCCUUGCUCAGACAUCUCUGCCAGCUAGACCAUCCUAAUAUUGUCAAACUUCUUGAUGUUUGUGAUGUGAUGGAUGUUGGUAGAUCAGAGAUGAUGUUGACUUUGGUCUUUGAGCUUGUGGACCAGGACCUGGCCCAGUACCUUGAGAAGUGUCCUCCUCCAGGAUUAAGUUCUUGUACUAUCAAGUUUUUGAUGCAUCAGCUUCUAAGUGGUGUAGAAUACCUUCACUCUCAUCGUGUCACUCAUAGAGAUCUGAAACCACAGAACAUUCUCGUCGCUAGUGAUAAGAAAUUGAAGCUGACAGACUUUGGUUUGUCUCGUGUCUACAGCUUCCAGAUGGCUCUAACUCCGGUGGUGGUGACCAUGUGGUACAGGGCACCCGAAGUCCUCCUCCAGGCUAGCUAUGCCACACCAGUCGACAUGUGGAGUGUUGGAUGCAUAUUUGCAGAGCUUUAUAGGAGAAGGCCUCUAUUCAGGGGACAGUCGGAUAAGGACCAACUUCAUAAAAUAUUUGAGGUUAUUGGGCUUCCACCCGAGGACCAGUGGCCAGAUGUUGCUCUUCCGUGGAGUUCCUUCCGUCAGACUGGACAGAGAUCCUUCCUAGACCUGGUCCAGGAGAUAUGCAAUCAAGGACUGGAUCUACUAGAGCGAAUGCUGUGUUUCAAUCCAGACCAUCGGAUGACGGCGGAGCAAGGCCUGUUACAUGGCUUCUUUGGUGAUGAGGAGGAGGAUGAUGAGGAAGACGACGACACCGAAGUGGAGGAUGACGACGAUGAAGAAGAUGAAGAUGAUGAGGGAGUGGAUGUCAGUCAGGAGCAUAGUCAAUCCGCAUCGACUUCAAGCAUGAGCCAAGCUACAGAUGAUUCUGGUUCACAUUCACAGUUUUUUAGCGAUUCCUCACAGUCUCAAGACGUCACACCAACCAAUAAACGAUGAUGCGUAUCCCAUGGAUACAGAUGACAUUCUGUUGAUGUACAUAAAUACCAAGAGGCCACUUAAAUGCUGGAAUUGUGGCACUUCAUCCAACCAGUGCCCUGGUCGUUUCAAACAAAGCAUUUCAGAAGUUGCAGGCUGAUUUUCCAGAAACAUUGCAUUUUGAUCCACAUGAAACCAUUUUGCACUAUUGCACAAUUUUAAUGUGAUGAAAUUUGUGUGGGUUGUUUUUCAUCUUUAUGUUUAAUAAACUGUAAACUGUAAUCUAGGAUAUGCAGUGGUGUUUGCCAUGUGGUGAUAAGCAGCUGAUAUAUUUUCCACUGCAUUCCUAGACAUUUUCAGCUCAUGACAAGUACUGUUUCAGAUGCAUUUCCUUUUUUUUGCAGAGCUGAUUUUAUUUUUGUUGUAGAUGAAGAUCUUGCAAGAUAAAUGCUUGUUUUAGACUUUGCUUCCACGUUAAUCACCCAAUGAAAUGUUUUCAUUGAUCAUCGCUUAAAUAUAACGCAAGAUAUACAUGUAGGAGGCAAGAAAUACAUGUGUGUAGAAAAUGAAACUAGUUGAUAGAUAACAAGACGGUAGACAAACUUCUCACUGCUUCACACAUUGGUCAGUGAUGUUAAUAUUGAGGUGAACAAACCACUAAGGCAGGAAGGUGCCAAUUGCGGUGAGGGGUUUUCAUGGACCAGUAGAUCUGAGAUUAUAUUAUCAACAAAAAAAAGAAGAAAAGAGUAUGAAUUUACAAAUAGUACCCAAAAAAUAGAAAAAAAAAAAAAAAAAAGUGAAAGGCGUAAAUAUUCUAAAAAAGAAUGAAACGCCGAUAAUACCAAACAACAACAACUAACAUUGUGUAAGCUCUCAAGGUUCUUGAACCACGAGGGCGCCAAACACACAAUCCUCGCGAUACAUGCCAGAAAGCUGAAAAUACAAGGACCUUGAAUAUAUAUAUAAGUUCACCAUGGUCAGCACGCAUCCCUUCAAUUUGAAGAAGAAGAUUGUAUGCUAGGAAAAAGCACAGGUACAAUGACUGCUCCUGAAUGAGUUUCUUAACUCUGCACAUCAUUUGAUCUGCUGAAGAAAUUUGUAAAGUAUGAUGCUGAAUUUGAAGAGAAAUGAGUAACACUCUGUGGGUUUAAGGUGGCUUCUUUUUUAUGGCUUCCAGAUUCAAGAGCACUAUGUCUUAAAAUUUGUAGGUCAGUAGAAAUUUAAAUUUUUCUUUUGAUAUGAAUUAGAUGCUAAUAUGAAUUGAAUUUUAUAAAAACCAUGUACUGUAAUUAAAGUUUUGUCUUAUUAAGGUUGAAUGCUCACUGUAAAGAAUACUUACGCACAAUAACUGUCUGUAAUUGACAAGAAAGUACUUUAAUUUUCUUAUUUUCUAUUUGGCUGUUACCAUGGAACACAUUUCAAUAUGUCUCUAUUCCAAAUAAGAAUUUCAUUAUGAAGUUGUUCAUAAGUGGAUGGUUUUUUAAGCUAGAAUAUUGAUUUCAAAUGUAUUUCUGCAAACUGUUUCUGAUCAUUAUAUUCUAACAAUGAAAGUAUGAGAGGGAUCAGUAGAGUGUAAUCCUGCUGUAUUUAAGUAAUCUAGUAGAGAAUAUAGGUUCUAAAACAGAUCCUUCAUGACAUUGAACAUUUAGUAAGAUGAAUAGCAGGUUCCAAUUUUAUAUUUGCGAUUUGUA